AGGUGGAAGGUUCUCAAUUGGCUUUGUGGGGCUCUAAGCUUAACAAAGAUGGAUGAUAUCUUUCAGAGCCUAAGGACUUCCAAGUGGCACCAGAUCUGAUAUCUACAAUGCCCAUCAAAUAAUCUCAACCACCCAUUUUUUUCCCUGACCAACUUUUCUCAUCUCCUUCCCCAUAGCACUGCAGAGCAGAGCACACUUUGGCCUCCCCAACCGUCAUCAGAAACCUCACCUUCCCACUGAUCCUGAGGUGGAAUGGAAGGAGAGCAAACCAAAUGAAGGAGAGAGAAAGCCUAUGAGUGGUGACUGAAUCAAAGUUGGACGAAAUUGGACUAGCUAGCUUAGACACCAAGACCAGUCCCAAUUGAAACCCAUAGGCCCAACAUAUCUCUUUAGUUGUUCUCUCCAUUCAUUCCGGCAUGUCUGCUUCUUACUCUAUUCCAUCAUGGACACUCCCAUCACCAAUUCCUCCAUUGCAGCAGCCCAAGCAAUUAAACUACCAAUUCAGAAGGUUUGUUCCAGUCGUUCAUUGCAUAUCAGACUCCAAGGAAACAUCAAUAGGCAAUGGAAAUACUGAUCUAAGAAUAGGAUCACCGAUCAUUGUCGUGGAGGCUCCACCGAUGUUGAAGACCGCCAGCUCGAUUCCUACAUUGAGAGCUAACUCUGGAUUAGUCAAGCCAGGUGAUGUGGGAAGAAUUGUAGCAAGGAAGCCUAAAGAUGUAUGGGCAGUUCGCUUAGCAAUUGGUACCUAUCUCCUGGAUGGCAAGCAUUUCAAACCCUUGGACAUUGAAGAAUGAGGACCAAGGAUCAAGAGAUGUGGUAUCUUUUAUGUUCAUGAUGCGCAUAUUGAUUAUUGUUUUUUUUUUGUUUUUUGUCUUUGUUGAUUAUGUAUUCAAGGGAAACAUUUUGUAAAUAUGUAUAAUAAUGCAGUGUGUGUCUCUUAUACUCUUC